AUGGGGGAGAUGAGCGGGGGGCGCGCUGAAGAGGGCCAGACGUACGAUGGGCAAACAUUUCCCAGCUGUUGCUUGACACAGACCUGCUUGUGGCUGAUACAAGUAUGGGGGCCGCAGAGGCUUGCUGAGUGGGGCCGUGUUCCAGAGCUGUCCACAGUGGAGCCGGCGUGCGAGCAGCUCGCGGCUGCGCAGCUGUCCGUUGAGACGGCGGCCGCCACCGCCGUGUCCGCCAUGCGGCACUCCUGCACCGGCCUCACGCGGGCCGCCGUCGCCUUCAUAAGCGCCCGCUUCCUCAGGGUGAUGGCCACGGAGGGCUGGGUUGACGCUGCACGCAGCUACCCGAGCACUUUUGUGGAGUUAGUUCGCCUGCUUGCAGAGGCUCAAGCAGACACCAGGAGCCUUCGUGGAGAGGAGAAGGACCAGAGACUGAUCCAGGCAGCUAAGGAGGGGGCAGUGGAGGAGCUGCUGAUGCUCCUCAAGGCUAAGGCAGAUCUGGGGGCGACGGACGAGAACAACAAGACAGCGCUCCACUGGGCGGCCGCUGGGGGCCACACAGUGGCAGUGAGGUGUCUGCUAAUGGCAGGUGCUGACGUGGGUGCGAGGGACAACUCGCUGCAGACUCCCCUGCAUGAGGCUGCACUGAACGGCCACGCAGCUCUUGUGCAGCUGCUGAUGGCGUCCUCUGCCGAUCCCAACGCCAGGGAUGAGGAUGGGUGGACGCCGCUGCACUCUGCGGCAUUCACAGGCCAGGCAGAGGCGGUGAUAGCACUGCUGGAGGCAGGGGCCAACAAGAGGACCGUGGAUAACAUCGGCAAAACCCCACAGGACAUUGCCAGGCAGUACAACCACCAGCAGCUGAUAGACGUGCUAUCAUAA